GUAUAUGUAAAAACAAAAACAACAAAUGCAAGCCACGAGUGUAUUAAGAAAAUGGCAUUGAUUCAAAAUGCAUAGAAAUUAUUGCAAAAAAGAAAACUAUAUAACAAAUUUUACUAAGAAGUUGCGUAUACGCGUAUAAGUACGACCACAACCGUUGUCAAUGCCAUCGAAAUGUCAAGCAAUCAGCAUCAACGAAAUAAAGAAAGACUUGCAGCUUGCAACAUAACUUUGAUUUCUUGCUGAAUGAAGUGGUCGUCGACCAGCGCCACCAGCCAUCACCAGCAAAAACGCUGAAAAUUGCCAUAAAUGCCGCUGCAGCUACCCAAAACAGUCAUUCGACCCGCAGACCCAGAUGAAUGCCCCACUGAAAAUGCUGUACCACACCAAAAGCGCUACAUUUUCCGCUGCUUUUAGUAUUUUGCUAAUAUGCUGUUGUUUUUUACCCAGCGCCGAGCCACUUGUUGUGCCACAGGAGCUGCCCUCCAUUCUAUCAUUAAUCUACUCCAAUAUUCCACCCAUUAAAAAAGGUACCGACUCUCGCCUUGGUUUCGGCUUUCGUCUCGGCAACCACGCGGACUUCCAGGUCCUACUCGAGCUAGGACCGCAGAAGAACACACGCCCAAUUGGCGAGAAUGCUGAUUCGGAGAAUACCUUCAACAAACGACAAGUGAGCAAAGCGCAUCGCGACUAUCUGCUACGCAAGCAAGCACAAGAAGCGCUCAAGCAGCUCACCAGUAGCACCACGGCUACAAUUACAACAAGUGAAGCUACAGGCGGUAGUUGGUUGGAAAAUUGGUCAAAAGCUAUGAACACAAACAUGAAUAGCCACAAAGAGGAUACCGGCACGGACAUUGCAGUGAAUAAAAAAAAAUCGACCCCAAAAUUCACACAGAGUGUAAGCAAAAAGCAGCAGCAGCAAUCGGAUAAGUUGAGUCCAACAUUGGCCACGGUAAAUAAGUCAAUGAUGCAGCUGCAUAUGCUCUACCAAAUGGCCACCACUACCACUACCAGUACAACAACAGGAACACCAAUGGAUGCCAAUUCAGGCACUGAGUCGCCAAUGACGAUUAUCACAACGGUGCCACAGUUUCAGAGGCUGCCUGCACCGAUUGCCCCAAUUAAAGGUGUGCCAUUGAACUUGGGUGGCCCAACAGGCUUUACCCCACGUCCGCCUGAGGAAUUGGCAUUGCAAAUAAUAUCUGAGCUGCAAGGUGAGAAGAAAUCGAAGAGUGAAAUUACAAAGGAAUUGAUGAAUGUGAGUCUUGAGGAGGGCGAGUAAUACAUUUGUAAACGACGAUUUUAGCUCAGUUUGUGUUUGUUUGUGUGGAGUAUGUGUAAAUACAUGAAAUUCAUAGGGAAUGAAAACUAUUGUAAAUAUUUUCUAUAAAAAACUAAACUCUAAUUUGUAUUGUAAAUAAAAAAUAAGGCAAUGAAAAAAAUGUUAAAUAAAA